GGGGAGGAGAGAGAGGGAAUCGAGGAGGUGGAGGAUACGAGGGAGGAGGGGGAGUGAAGAAAUCGGCUGGCGGAGGAGCCGAGGGACGGGGGAGAUGUCGGAUUUGGACCGUCAGAUCGAGCAGCUGAAGCGGUGUGAGCCGCUGAAGGAGUCGGAGGUCAAGGCACUAUGCCUCAAGGCCAUGGAGAUCCUCGUCGAGGAGAGCAACGUUCAAAGAGUCGAUGCCCCCGUCACGAUAUGUGGUGACAUUCAUGGCCAGUUCUAUGACAUGAAAGAGCUAUUCAAGGUUGGAGGUGACUGCCCGAAGACAAAUUACUUGUUUUUGGGUGAUUUUGUUGACCGUGGAUUUUAUUCAGUUGAAACUUUCUUGCUUCUGCUAGCGUUGAAGGUGAGAUAUCCAGACCGUAUAACUCUGAUACGAGGAAACCACGAAAGCCGGCAGAUUACACAGGUAUAUGGAUUCUAUGAUGAAUGCCUCCGUAAAUAUGGUUCUGUAAACGUAUGGAGAUAUUGCACAGAUAUCUUCGACUACUUGAGUCUAUCAGCACUGAUUGAAAACAAAAUAUUUAGUGUUCAUGGGGGUCUAUCUCCUGCCAUAACAACUUUAGAUCAGAUCAGAACAAUUGAUCGGAAGCAGGAAGUGCCUCAUGAUGGGGCCAUGUGUGAUCUUCUAUGGUCAGAUCCAGAAGAUGUUGAUGGCUGGGGGUUAAGUCCUAGGGGUGCAGGCUACUUGUUUGGAGGAAAUGUUGUUACAUCUUUCAACCAUUCAAACAACAUAGAUUAUAUAUGUCGGGCACAUCAACUGGUAAUGGAAGGUUACAAAUGGAUGUUCAAUAAUCAGAUUGUCACAGUCUGGUCUGCUCCUAAUUACUGUUACAGAUGCGGAAACGUGGCUGCUAUUUUGGUGUUGGAUGAGAACCUGGACCAGCAGUUCACCGUCUUUGAAGCUGCACCACAUGAAUCAAGAGGGGUUCCAUCAAAAAAGCCAGCCCCCGAUUACUUCCUCUGAGACGAAGAGGAGGAGGCUCAUCCUCUCAAAGUUUACUCAAAAGCUCAUUAGAUUUUCUCAAUUCUGAACUGAGCUUAUUCGUCUGAGUCUGCACAGUCUGCAACCACAGCAGAACACCAAUUAGCAAGACACGUAUCAGUAUUCUAGAGGUGCUUUCAUUCUGUAGGUUUGGCUGGUCUGUGUUGUUUCACAUAUUUCAAGUAUGUGAACCUUGGUGUGUAUCAUCAUAAGAACCAUCACAUUAGUUAUAGAACAUCGUGAAGGGAAAAAAGAAUGGAGAUAUCUUAGAAGAAAAGCUUCAGUGAGGAUGCAGUACCAGUAGGAGAUGUAGUAACAAGAUUCCAUUGUUGUCAAUGCGGAAAGUGUUUUGGUUUGCAUCCAUGGAUAUUGGCUUAUCUUUACUUGAUUUCAGAAAUGGAAUGGGUGAGGAUUUCAAACA